AUUAGUCAUAUUAGUGAGGGUAGACACAAAUAAUGUCACCGAUCAUGUGUCAGUUUUGUUGCCGGUGAAUAAAAGUGAUUGCAUCAUCCUUGUGUUUCAAUCUAAAUUAAGCCUCAAAUACCAUAAUUGGCGACGAGGAAAUAGUAAUUCACACGUGAAAAAGUGCAAAGAAUACAGUGAAAUAUGUCGUUUGUUGGAAAUGCGUCAUUUGGCAGCAAUCUCACGUUCGACCACCGCGCGCAAGAAUGGAGUAUAUUCAUUAGUCGUUUUAAGCAGUAUUGCACGGCUAACAGCAUUGAUGACAAUUCAGACAAAGCCGGGGUGAAGCGCCGCGCGUUGUUGUUGACAGCGUUGGUAGAAGACACUUAUCGCGUCGCUAAAGAUUUAGUAUUUCCUUCGGAUUUAGAAAACAUCGAGUACGCUACACUCAUACAGAAGUUAAACGAUCAUUUUAUCUCGAAGAGAAGUACUUUUGCUGAAAGAUAUUUGUUUUAUAAGGCUGAACAAAGACCGGGGGAAGAUUUAACUGAAUGGGCGGCGCGAGUACGACAUUUAGCGCAACAUUGUGGCUUUAAGAGCGAAUUGGACACAGCACUACGUGAUAGAUUCGUAUUGGGUCUAGUAAAUGCCAAAGAAAAAGAAAAGUUAUUCGCGGAGAAUAUCGAUAAUUUGUCUUUCAACAAGGCGUUGGAGAUGGCAUUAAGCGUGCAGUGUGCCCGCUUGGCAUUGCAAAGUGCUGAUUCGGCAUCAUCGGCGAGUUUGCAGCCGGGAGUCGAACGCGGUCCGGUUGGUGUGUUCGCCGUCCGUCCCGGCGCCCCCGGGAGGGCGGCCCGGGGCUCCAACUUCAGUGAGAAAGUGUUAUGUGUAGUGUGCGGUGGUAAAGGCCAUUCAAAAGAGCAGUGUCGUUUUAAAAGUUAUAAUUGUAAUAAGUGCGGUAAACAAGGGCAUUUACAACGAGUUUGUAACGUUAAUGUUAAGCGUAAUAAUUAUGUAGAAAUGCACGGCGAGGACUCUGAAGUUGAUUUCACAAAGUAACGCCUAUGGGGGUCAUCGUAAAAUUAUAUUUAAAACCGGAGAUGAAGUUUUGUUUAAACACUAUUAUAAAAAUGGAACCAAACAUACAUAUAAAUUUGGUAUAAUUAAAAAAAACAUUGGCUCAAGGAUGUAUUUGGUUUAUGUACCGGAACAAAAUGUCUACGUUCGCAAACAUAUAGAUCAAAUUUUGAUUUAUAAGGGUUCUAAAAAAUACAAUGAACAUGUGUCUGAUGAUGUGAGUUGCUUCGGGGACUACACUACUAAUGGGGUGACUGAAUCUUCAGUUCCUGUGGAUACGGAACAAGAUUCACCGCAAUUGCAGGGGGUUCCUCAUGACUCAAACGUCUUGUCAUCGCCAGCUCCUCAACAAGAGCAGGUAGAGGAGGAGAGGAGUGAAUCGGUACCAGUUGGCUCAGAUUCUGAAGGAAGUUCUGUCGCUACUGGCGUGAGUUCUCCUUCCGCCCCUAUAGACCCUCGGAGUGACGAUCAGUUGACACCUCGUAGAUAUCCCUUGCGUAUACGUAAAAAACGUAAAAUUUUGUAAUACCUAGUCAUUAAGUUGUAACUAAAGGUGGAGGGAUUGUAGUAUAUUAGUCAUAUUAGUGAGGGUAGACACAAAUAAUGUCACCGAUCAUGUGUCAGUUUUGUUGCCGGUGAAUAAAAGUGAUUGCAUCAUCCUUGUGUUUCAAUCUAAAUUAAGCCUCAAAUA